AUGGGAUUCGAACAUUAUAAUUAUUAUUUUACCUCAAACAAUCAUCAACAUAAUGAUGGUAGUAAUAAUAAUCAUGGUAAUCAUGAUGGUAAUAAUGGUGGUAAUAAUGGUGGUGGUGAACAUCAAGAAUUACCACCAAGAAGAUUUCAGGUUGCCAAAUUUGAUUUUGAACAUGUUUCAACACCUUAUAUCAUUCUAUUAUGGAUCAUUAUUGUUGGUUUGGCCAAAAUGGGUUUUCAUGUUACACCAAAAUUAUCAUCAAUAUGUCCGGAAAGUGUUGUACUAAUGAUACUUGGUGUUAUUAUUGGUUUAAUUAUGUAUUUUGCUGGUAUACCGGAAGAACGUUUACAACCAUUAACACCAAAUUUAUUUUUUCUUUAUAUGUUACCACCAAUUGUUAUGGAUGCUGGUUAUCAUAUGCCAAAUCGUUUAUUUUUUGAUAAUUUAGUAUCAAUAUUAUUAUAUGCUGUUGUUGGUACAAUAUGGAAUACAUUGGCUAUUGGUUUUUCAUUAUAUGGUUGUUCACAAUUGGGUGUUUUUGGUGAAGAAAUUCCAUUUUUAGAUAUAAUGCUAUUCAGUUCAACAGUAUCGGCUGUUGAUCCAGUUGCCGUUCUAGCUGUAUUUGAAGAAAUUCAUGUUAAUGAAGUUCUUUAUAUUUUGGUUUUUGGUGAAUCAUUAUUAAAUGAUGGUGUUACCGUCGUCCUAUAUCAUAUGUUUGAAGGUUAUGCUGAAAUGACAUAUCAUUAUGGUGUUGAUUCUAUACAAACAAUCGAUUUGCUAGCCGGUGUUGCAUCAUUUUUUGUUGUUGCUAUUGGUGGUACUGCUAUGGGUAUAUUUUGGGGAUUUCUUGCUGCAUUUGUAUCACGUUUUACACAUCAUGUUAAAAUUAUUGAACCAAUUUUUGUAUUCGUUAUGGCUUAUCUUUCAUAUUUAUCGGCGGAAAUGUUUCAUUUAUCCGGUAUUCUAAGCCUUACGUUUUGUGGUUUAACAAUGAAAAAUUAUGUUGAAGAAAAUAUUACACAAAAAUCACAUACAACAUUGAAAUAUGCAAUGAAAAUGUUGGCCAAUUCAUCCGAAGCAAUUAUUUUUGUAUUUUUGGGUGUUUGUACUGUUAAUGAUCAACAUCAUUGGAAUACAGCAUUUGUUGCUCUGACAAUUAUAUUCUGUUUGGUUUAUCGUACUAUAGGUGUAUUAGUUUUGACUACAUUAACAAAUCGUUAUCGUUUACAUCAGGUUAAUCGUGUUGAACAAUUUAUUAUGUCAUAUGGUGGUUUACGUGGUGCUGUUGCAUUUGCAUUGAUUCUAAUUAUUAAUCGUCAAAUUAUACAUGCUCGUGAAAUGAUGGUUACAACAAUUAUUGCUGUUGUUUAUUUUACUGUUUUCCUUCAAGGUAUGACUGUUGGAACAUUGGUUAAAAUACUAAAUGUACCACGUGCAAAUAAAUUUGAAUUAACAAUGAAUGAACGAAUUCAUACCAGGCUUAUGGAUCAUGUAAUGGCCGGUUUGGAAGAUAUUUCUGGUAUGAUGAUGGGCAAUUAUAAAUUACGUGAUAAAUUUCGUUAUUAUAAUAAUAAAUAUCUACGUAAAUGGUUACUACGUGAUUCAAAAGAAAUGGGAAAUUCAUCAAGGAAAAUUUUUGAAACAUGUUCCCGUCUGGAUUUACGUGAUGCAAUGUCCCUAGUUUCAAGACAACAUUUAAUGGCAACAUCAGCAGGAGCAGCAACUGUAACAAUGAAUGGUGACAGUGCUUCAGGUAAACGUUUAGAAUUUGCAGCAGCAUCCGCUGCAUAUUCGAAUGCAAAUUAUGUUGUUGAUGAUGAUGAUGAUGAUGAUUUUAAAAAUAAUAAUAUCAUCAAUAAGAAGAAAAAGAAACCAAGAAAUAUACCAAGAGUAUUUUUAACCGUACCAGGUAAUCCAGCACUUGCUACAUCAGGUAUAACACCUAUUGUUGUUGAUCCAAAUCAAUCACUGCAAACAUUACUUCGUUCAUUUACACAAUCAAAUUUGGCUGCACUGUAUCAAGAAGAUUCCGGUAUGAAAUAUCAACCAACCAAUCCAACAACUACACCAUCAACAAAUAAUUCAACACCAAAUUCAUCAUUUGAAUCAAAUUAUGAUAAUGGUGAUUAUUUUAUUUCAUCAAAUGAAGAAGUUAUAAAAUCUAAACAACAACUACAACAACCGAAUAGUUUGGAUUUUAAUUAUGAUAUCGGUACGGUUGUUUAUUCACCUAGUUUAAAAGAUUUAAAAGAUGCUGAACUACAUCAUAUUCUUAGUGAUGCUAUGUUUAAACCAUUUAAAAAGGCACAUCAUUAUACACGUAGUGAUUAUUAUGAAGAACCAAUAUCACAUCCACCAUUUCAACAUCAAGUACGAAUGCAAAUUCGUCGUUUGAUUUCGGAAAAAGAAACACAACAACAACAACAACAUCGUCGUCAUCAACAUCGUCGUCAUACACAUCAUAGUUCUUAUCAUCAUCAUUCAUCACAAAGGGAUAAAAAAAUUAAAUCAAAAAAAAACAAUGCAGAUGAUAAUGAUGCUGAUGUUGAUGAUGAUGAUGAUGAUGGUGGUAUAACAUUUGUUGCUAAAAAAUUACCAAAUGAUGAUGAUGAUAAAGCAAAUGAUAAAUCAUCGCCAUCUCUGCCAUUGGCCACUACGAUAAUGAUGACAAAACCAAUGAAUUUUCCAUGGCGUCGUACAUCAUCAACAACACAGAAUAGUGAAACUGAAAAUUAUCAAGAUGAUUCGAUAACAUCGUUAUCUAGUCAAGAACAACAGCCACAAUCACAAUUACAGCAGCACAAUUCUCAUAACCAUCGUCAUUAUCAUCAACAACAACAUAAUUUACCAUCACCAAGAUCAAAAUCAUCAUCAUCAUCAUCAAAUCGUAAACGAUUAAAAGAUGGUGUUAUUAGACAACGUGAAUUUCCACCAUGGAUUAAAAAUCGUGAUUAUGUUGAUGAUUAUUGUUCACCAACAACAACCCUAUUGGAACGGAUUAAUUUUUUCGAUAAUAUUCGUUCGAAUUCCACAUCACCACCACGAACAUUAUCACCAAAUUCAUUGAAUUCGAAUGAUGUGGCCGAACAAUUGCCACCAAUGACACCUGCAUCAACAUUGAAUAAUAAUAAUGGCGGCCAACAACAGCCGAAAAAAGUGCCAAGUGUUUAUGAAAUAUUUCAACUAGAUAAAGAUGGACAACCAAUUAAAACAUCAAAAUCGUUGGAUCAAAAUUUCGAAAAAUCAAUGAUUGUUGAUGGUCAUGAUCAAAAACAACAAUCAAAACAACAACAACAGCCACAGCAUACUAAUUUUGGAUCAAAUGAUACGGUUAUUGAAUUUAAAUCAUCAUCAAAUUCGACCAAUAAUAAUAAUGAUAAUGAUAAUGAUGAUAGUUUAGUUAAUUUUUGA